GUUACUAACAUUAGCACAUAUACAAAACAUUUCUGGUAACAAACAAGUAGAGAGUGAUUGAAAUGGAAUUCACCAAAACUUAACUGGUUUGGUGGCACAACUCCACACGCCACUCUCCAAAUUACCACAUUGUAAAAAGGGGUAUCAUCUUUUAAAAUGAUCGUUUCCAAUACCAGGUUUUUGGCAAACACCAGUUGAGCAAAUUAUAAGCCAAGAAUCACUAGAGAAAGCUACGGAAAAACAUAAUGGUUGGAGGAGUGAGGAUGAUUAAGCUUGGAUCACAAGGUAUGGAGGUAUCCGCUCUUGGUUUAGGAUGCGUGGGUUUGAGUGCUAGUACCUAUGGGCCUCCCAAACCCGAGCAAGAUAUGAUUAAAAUCAUCCACCAUGCCGUUAACUCUGGUGUCACUCAUCUGGAUACCGCAGACUACUAUGGCUCCAAUCUCAAUGAAAUCCUCAUUGGCAAGGCCUUGAAAGGAUUGGAAAGAGGAAGGGUGCAAUUGGCAACCAAAUUUGGGAUCAAAUCCUUUGAAGGAGAUUGCGAUAUUUGUGGUGAUCCAGAGUUUGUUAGGGCUUCCUGUGAAGCUAGUUUGAAACGCCUUGAUGUUGAUUACAUUGAUUUAUACUAUGUUCACCGCAUAGACGCUCGAGUUCCAAUUGAGAUAACAAUGGGGGAGCUUAAGAAGCUGGUAGAGGAGGGUAAAAUCAGAUAUAUAGGUCUAUCUGAUGCCUCACCAUCGACGAUUAGAAGAGCACAUGCUAUUCAUCCAAUCACUGCUCUACAGAUAGAGUGGUCUUUAUGGACCAGAGACCAGGAAGAAGAGAUAAUCCCGACUUGCAGAGAACUAGGUAUCGGAAUUGUUCCAUAUUCUCCUCUCGGAAGUGGAUUUUUUACUUCUGGUGCCAAGUUUUUCGAGGGCCUGCCAGAUUCUCAUUUUCGGAAGCAAUGGGAUUCAAAAUUUCAAGGGGAAAAUCUCGCACACAACAGUAACUUGUUCAAGCGGAUUAGUGAUGUUGCUCAGAAGAAGGGCUGCACGCCGUCUCAGUUGGCAUUGGCGUGGCUUCUGCACCAAGGACCCGAUGUGAGUCCCAUUCCAGGCACCACAAAGCUGGAGCACCUGAACCAGAACAUUGGAGCUUUGUCAGUCAAACUCUCUCCAGCGGACCAAAUUGAGCUCGAGUCUAUUGCCUCAACUAAUGCUUUCAAGGGCAAAAGAUUACCUCCCAAGAUCCUGGCUCUUUCAAACGUGGAGACUCCACCUUUGUCAUUGUGGAAAUAACAUGCUCUUUUGCGUACACAUUAAAUUUAUAACUGUCACUAUGAUCAUGUUUGUAUACACCUGUAAAAAUCCUAAAUUUCUCCGGAACCUGUUUAAAAGUUAAAAUUUUGUUAUUGAUACUAAUUCCAUUAAAGCCAUAGAGACAAACAUAGAUUUUGUUAGCAACUACCAUACUGAACUUAGAGCAUUGGUAAAUGCACCAAACGGUAACUAUUUGUAGUAAUUUUAUUAAACUAGGUAUUUAGUUUAUUGAUUUUUUAA